CCCCCAGGAAGCACUUGUGCUGCACGCUGCUUCGGGUUCUUCUCUCAGUGAAGCGUGUCUUGCCUGCUGUGUGUGGACUCCAGACCCGCACCAUGCCGCCCACCUUAAAGCACCCCAACCCGGAGGCUGUGACUCAGGUGAGCACUCAAGAUGAACUUAAUUCAAUUCUGCGAGAGAGGAUCAUGGUAUUGGACGGUGGCAUGGGAACUAUGAUCCAACAGCAUAGUUUGUCAGAAGAAAGCUUCAGAGGACAGGAAUUUGUUGAUCAUUCCAAACCUUUAUGCGGAAACAAUGAUCUUUUAAGCAUUACCCAGCCAGAGAUAAUCUUCAAAAUUCACAAGGAAUAUUUACUGUGUGGAGCUGAUAUCGUGGAAACUAACACAUUCAGCAGUACAAGCAUUGCUCAGGCAGACUAUGGCCUUGAACAUCUGGCAUAUCGCUUGAACAAAGCUUCUGCUGAAGUGGCAAGAAAAGCAGCUGAAGAUGUAAACGCUGAGACAGGCAUUAAGAGGUAUGUGGCAGGAGCUAUGGGACCCACCAACAAGACAUUGUCAGUCUCCCCUUCAGUAGAAAGACCAGAUUAUAGAAAUAUUACUUUUGAUGAGCUUGUGGAUGCCUAUGCAGAACAAGCAAGAGGACUUUUGGAUGGAGGAGUUGAUAUACUGCUUGUAGAGACUAUAUUUGAUACAGCCAAUGCCAAGGCAGCAUUGUUUGCUAUCCAGAAACUCUUUGAAGAUGAAUAUAAACCAAGACCCAUUUUUAUUUCAGGAACCAUUGUUGAUAGAAGUGGACGAACUCUUUCUGGCCAAACCGGAGAUGCUUUUGUUAUCAGCGUUUCCCAUGCUGAACCUCUCUGCAUUGGUUUGAACUGCGCUUUAGGGGCUGUUGAAAUGAGGCCCUUCAUUGAAGCCAUUGGCAAAUGUACAACAUCCUACAUCAUCUGUUAUCCAAAUGCAGGUCUACCAAACACCUUUGGCGGUUAUGACGAAACUCCUGAAGUGACAGCCAAACAUAUAAGGGAUUUUGCAUUGGAUGGUUUGGUGAAUAUUGUUGGAGGUUGUUGUGGAACCACUCCAGCUCACAUCAGAGAGAUUGCAGAAGUUGUCAAACAUUGCAAACCGAGGAUACCUCCAGCCUCCGUGUUUGAUGGCUACAUGUUACUCUCUGGUUUGGAGCCCUUCAGGAUUGGACCAUACACCAACUUUGUUAAUAUUGGAGAGCGCUGUAAUGUGGCGGGGUCAAGAGUAUUUGCCAGGCUUAUCAUGGCAGGAAAAUAUGAGGAAGCGUUGGCCAUUGCCAAAACCCAGGUAGAGAUGGGAGCUCAAAUUCUGGAUAUCAAUAUGGAUGAUGGAAUGUUGGAUGGCCCCAGUGCUAUGACCAAGUUCUGUAACUUCAUUGCAUCCGAACCUGACAUUGCAAAGGUACCAUUGUGCAUUGACUCCUCGAAUUUUGCAGUGAUUGAGGCUGGAUUAAAGUGCUGUCAGGGAAAGUGCAUCGUAAACAGUAUCAGUAUGAAAGAAGGAGAAGAGGACUUUCUGGCAAAGGCAAAAAAGAUAAAACAGUUUGGAGCCGCUGUAGUCAUCAUGGCUUUUGAUGAAGUGGGACAGGCCACAGACACAGACACAAAAGUCAGUGUCUGCACAAGAGCAUAUAACCUUUUGGUUGAAAAGUUGAACUUUAACCCCAAUGACAUUAUUUUUGACCCUAAUAUUUUGACGAUUGGAACUGGCAUGGAAGAACAUGACAGAUAUGCCAUACACUUUAUUGAAGCCACCAAGAUUAUAAAGUCAACUCUAAAGGGAGCUAAAAUCAGUGGAGGGCUGUCCAAUCUUUCCUUCUCAUUCCGAGGGAUGGAUGCCAUAAGAGAAGCCAUGCAUGGAGUUUUUCUGUACCACACCAUUAAGAUUGGCAUGGACAUGGGUAUAGUAAAUGCUGGGAAUCUUCCUGUAUAUGAUGACAUUGACAAAGAACUUCUUCAACUUUGUGAAGAUUUAAUCUGGAAUAAAGAUCCUGAAGCCACGGAAAAGCUUCUCAAAUAUGCCCAGACAAAAGCUAAGGGAGGCAAGAAAAUUAUCCAGACUGAUGAAUGGAGAAAUGGCUCUGUAGAGGAGAGGCUGGAAUAUGCUCUUGUUAAGGGAAUUGAGAAAUAUGUUGUAGAAGAUACGGAGGAAGCAAAAGCAAACACUGAAAAAUAUAAGCGACCACUUCACAUCAUUGAGGGACCUCUAAUGAAUGGCAUGAAAGUUGUCGGAGAGCUCUUUGGUGCUGGGAAGAUGUUCUUACCUCAGGUGAUCAAGUCUGCUCGUGUUAUGAAGAAGUCGGUGGGAUACCUCAUUCCCUUUAUGGAAAAGGAAAGAGAGAUGAUGAGAGCCUUGUCAGGCAGCGUGGAAGAAGAUAACCCAUAUCAAGGAACCAUCGUACUGGCAACAGUUAAAGGAGAUGUACAUGACAUUGGAAAGAACAUUGUCGGUGUUGUGCUGGGUUGCAAUAAUUUCAGGGUUAUUGAUCUAGGUGUCAUGACUCCAUGUGACAAGAUACUCAGAGCUGCAAUUGAAAAUAAAGCUGAUAUAAUUGGUCUAUCGGGUCUGAUUACACCUUCCCUGGAUGAAAUGAUUUUUGUUGCUAAGGAGAUGGAACGCCUAGCAGUAAAGAUCCCUCUGCUGAUUGGUGGAGCCACAACAUCUCGGACUCAUACUGCAGUGAAAAUUGCACCGCGAUACAGUGCUCCAGUGAUCCACGUUCUGGAUGCAUCCAAGAGUGUGGUGGUUUGCUCUCGGCUUCUUGACGAUAAUGCAAGGGAUGACUUUUUGGAAGAGCUAGAUGAAGAAUAUGAAGACAUUCGCCAAGAUCAUUAUGAAUCCCUAAAAGAAAGAAGAUAUUUGACAUUGGAGCAAGCAAGGAAUAAAGGAUUCCACAUUGAUUGGCUUUCUAAUCCUGCACCAGUUCGGCCUAAGUGUACUGGAACAAAAGUAUUCAAAAACUAUGACUUAGAGAAACUCCGAAAUUACAUAGACUGGAAACCAUUUUUUGAUGUGUGGCAACUUCGAGGCAAAUACCCUAACAGAGGAUUUCCAAAAAUCUUUAAUGACAAAUCAGUGGGUGAAGAAGCCAAGAGAGUUUAUGAUGAUGCCCAAAAACUGUUGCAAAUUCUGAUAAGAGAACAGAAAUUCGAAGCCCGGGGUUUUGUUGGCAUCUGGCCAGCUCAGAGUGUGCAAGAUGACAUAGUGUUGUACUCAGAAGAAGAUUCUGUACCUUCCUCUGAACCAAUUGCUACCUUUUAUGGCUUACGUCAACAGGCAGAGAAAGACUCUGCUUCUACAGACCCAUACUAUUGCCUCUCUGACUUCAUCGCCCCCAAAGAGUCAGGGGUGCGUGACUAUUUGGGAAUAUUUGCUGUAGCCUGCUUUGGAGUAGAAGAACUGAGCAAAACAUAUGAGAAACAGGGGGAUGACUACAACAGUAUCAUGGUAAAGGCUUUGGGAGAUCGGAUAGCAGAGGCAUUUGCUGAAGAACUUCACGAGCGAGUGAGGAAGGACCUGUGGGGAUACUGUGACAGUGAGGAAUUGGAUGUAGCUGACCUGCGUAAAAUACGCUAUGAGGGCAUCCGUCCAGCACCUGGAUAUCCCAGCCAGCCGGAUCACACCGAGAAAUUUACCAUGUGGAAACUGGGAAACAUUGAGGAAGCAACAGGGAUCAAGCUGACUGAAUCGCUAGCCAUGUCCCCUGCAGCUGCCGUCUCUGGUUUAAUAUUUGCUAACACCAAAUCCAAAUAUUUCGCUGUUGGAAAAAUUUCCAAAGAUCAGGUGGAGGAUUAUUCCCAAAGAAAACAAAUGGCUGUUGAAGAAGUUGAGAAAUGGCUUGGUCCAAUCUUGAGCUACGAUCCCGAUUUAUAGCCAGAAGCUUUUUUUCUAAACUAUUAAGAAUAAAGAUGUUUGAAAUGGCUGCUCAUGAAAUGUCUUCAGCCAUCUUGGAAACACUACAUGGACUUAAAGAUGAGCUGUGUUAGUCAUACUUUGUUUUGAUGGUUUGUUUUUGAAGUUAACUCAUUGUUUGGAAAAACUGGAUACUCACAGUUUCUAUUAACCAUUUAAUGUAAUAUCUGUUGUCUAAAAAAGCAACAAAAGAAACUGAGUUAUAACUGGGUACUGUAUGGCCACAUUCAGAUAUGUGCUAGAAAUACAACAUUUUUGUAUUGACUUAAACAACUGCAAACUUGAAUCUGUUUCUGUACCGGUAAAUUGAUAGAAACAGCUUGUGUACUUAGCUGCUCAAAGAAAUUGGUAUACAAGAUCAUUUGAUACUGUAUUAUGAAAAAAUGCACUUUUAAC